GCGGCUGCUGCACUCGCCGGCGGCAGAAAUGGGGAAGAAGAACAAGAGAAGUCAAGAAGAGCCAGAGCUAACGAAAAUAAUCGACGGAGACUCUAAAAGGAAGAAGAAUAAGAAGAAGAGAAUCCAUGAAGAUACGGAGAUAGAACCGGAGCAAAAGAUGAGUCUCGACGGAGACGCGAAGAAGGAGAAAAAGAAGAAGAAGAAGAAGAAAAACCAAGAGGAGGAGGAGCCGGAGCAAACGAAAAUCCAAGAGGAGGAAAAGAAAAAUGUAGAAGACGGUAGAGCCACUGUUAGCAUAGCCAUAGCUGGUUCAAUCAUCCACAACACUCAAUCACUGGAGCUGGCUACACGCCUCGCCGGCCAAAUUGCUCGAGCAGCUACAAUUUUCCGAAUCGACGAGAUUGUAGUGUUCGACAAUAAGAGCAGCUCAGAAAUCGAAUCAGCUGCUAUGAAUUCUUCUGAUAGCAAUGAAAGUGGCGCCUCCUUUCUCGUUCGUAUCUUGAAGUAUUUAGAGACACCACAAUAUUUGAGGAAAUCUCUCUUCCCCAAGCAAAAUGAUCUUAGAUAUGUGGGUAUGUUGCCACCUCUUGAUGCUCCUCACCAUCUGCGUAAGCACGAGUGGGAGCAAUACCGUGAAGGUGUCACGCUGAGUGAAAAGGCUCCAAACUCUAAGGGUACAAUGGUUGAUGUGGGUUUAAGCAAGAGUGUUGUUGUUGAUCAAGUGUUGAGUCCAGGAGUUAGAGUCACGGUAGCCAUGGGAGCUGACCACGAUUUAGAUUUGGUACGCCAGAUUGUUCCGCCCUCUAAGCCACGAGAAGAAGCAGGAAUGUAUUGGGGAUACAAAGUACGAUAUGCAUCACAAUUAAGUUCAGUAUUCAAGGAAUGCCCUUUCCAGGGUGGUUACGAUUAUUUGAUCGGUACCUCGGAGCACGGCUUGGUAAUUAGUUCAUCAGAGCUGAAAAUACCAACAUUUAGGCACCUAUUGAUUGCAUUUGGUGGACUUGCUGGGCUUGAAGAAAGUAUUGAAGAUGAUAAUCAGUAUAAGGGGAAAAACGUCCGAGAUGUGUUUAAUAUAUACUUGAAUACUUGUCCGCAUCAAGGAAGCAGAACCAUUCGAGCAGAGGAAGCGAUGUUUAUAUCACUUCAGUACUUCCAGGAACCCAUCAGCAGGGCAAAAGUUCCCGCCAUGGAGAAGCAGCUACAACAGCAAGAGGACGAUCCUUUAGAGAAGACCAAGUCUCUGAUCUCUGCUCUUAACUACGUUUCUCGCGACCUUCUCUUGCCUUCUCACCUUUACGCUUCCGUUUCUUCUAUCUACCAUGGCUCCGUCUCCGAUCUCUCUCCUCCUCCGCCUCUUCGUGAAAAUUGUUUUACUCCCAAUAGAGGUGAUUUGAUGAGCGAGUUCGAAGAUGCACUUUUGAAGCAGCGACUAAACUGUGAAUCAGGCUCUCGACUUGCCGAAUUAAAGGAAACUCGCUAUAAGAGUCAUUUCCAGAAUCGAUUAGCUGAACUUGAAGGAUUACCUUCCAAUAGAGGUGAAGAUUUGCAGGAAAAAUGCUUACUUGAGCUUUAUGGGCUUAAGCUAAAAGAACUACAAUGCAAGGUUAGGGCUGAGGUGAGCGCGGAAUACUGGCUGCGUUUGAAUUGUGCACAUCCUGAAAGCCAACUAUAUGACUGGGGCAUGAUGCGGUUGCCUCGCCGAAUGUAUGGGGUUGGAGAUCCUUUUCAUAUGGAAGCUGAUGAUCAGUUCAGAAACAAGCGUGAUGCCGAGAGGUUAUUACGGUUAGAAGAGGAGGAGAAGAAUCUCAUUGAAACCACACAGAGGAAAUUCUUUGCAGAAAUACUCAAUGCUGUUCGUGAAUUCCAGUUACAAAUUCAGGCGACUCAUAGACGGUGUAAGCAAAGAAAUGAUGGUGUCCAGGCCUGGCAUGGAAAGCAAAGGCAACGUGCCACCCGAGCUGAAAAACUAAGGAUCAUGGCCCUUAAAUCUGAUGAUCAAGAGGAAUACAUGAAACUAGCAAAGGAGAGUAAGAACGAAAAACUAACCCUUUUCCUAGAGGAGACAAACAAAAUCUUUGUUAGUUUGGGUGCUGCAGUCCAGCGUCAGAAAGAUGCCAAACUUUCAGAAAACAUCAAACUACUGAAAGGCUCAGAAUCUGACUUAUCUGAUGUUGAUGCUCCCGAGGAUGUGCUUCCUGACCAAGAUAUUGAGAUCAUUGACUCUGACAAUAAUGAUGAUUCUAAUGACUUACUAGAAGGCGAGAGGCAGUAUAACUUGGCUAUUCAUUCAAUUCAAGAGAAGGUGACAAAGCAGCCAUCCCUUCUACAAGGUGGGGAACUAAGAUCCUACCAAUUAGAAGGGCUUCAAUGGAUGGUCUCUCUAUACAACAACGACUAUAAUGGCAUUUUAGCUGAUGAAAUGGGUUUGGGAAAGACUAUCCAAACAAUUGCACUGAUUGCGUAUCUUCUUGAGAGUAAAAAUGUGCAUGGGCCUCAUCUAAUAGUGGCUCCAAAAGCUGUGCUACCAAAUUGGGAAAAUGAGUUUGCAACAUGGGCACCCAGCAUUUCCGCGUUUCUUUACGACGGAUCAAAGGAGAAAAGAACUGAAAUAAGAGCAAGAAUAGCAGGAGGAAAAUUUAGCGUAUUGAUAACCCACUACGAUCUUAUCAUGAGAGAUAAAGCAUUUUUGAAGAAAAUUGACUGGAACUACAUGAUUGUUGAUGAAGGACAUCGGCUGAAGAACCAUGAAUGUGCUCUUGCAAAAACUCUAGGAACUGGCUACCGUAUUAAGCGCAGACUUCUAUUAACUGGGACUCCCAUACAGAACAGUCUGCAAGAACUAUGGUCGCUGCUUAAUUUUCUCCUUCCUCACAUCUUUAACUCGAUUCAGAAUUUCGAAGAAUGGUUUAAUACUCCUUUCGCAGAACGUGGCAGUGCCAGUCUUACAGAUGAAGAGGAGCUGUUGAUUAUUAAUCGUCUGCAUCAUGUCAUAAGGCCCUUUCUACUAAGAAGGAAAAAAAGUGAAGUUGAGAAAUUCCUUCCUGGAAAGACACAAGUCAUACUGAAGUGUGAUAUGUCGGCUUGGCAAAAAUUGUAUUACAAACAAGUUACAGACGUAGGCAGGGUUGGUCUUCAUUCUGGCAAUGGGAAAUCAAAGAGUCUGCAGAAUCUGACAAUGCAAUUAAGAAAGUGUUGUAACCAUCCGUACCUAUUUGUUGGAGGAGAUUAUAACAUGUGGAAGAAGCCUGAGAUUGUGAGAGCUUCAGGAAAAUUCGAGCUACUUGAUCGCCUCCUUCCAAAACUGAAGAAAGCUGGACAUAGAAUUCUUCUCUUCUCUCAAAUGACUCGUCUCAUCGACCUUCUCGAAAUUUACUUGACACUCAAUGACUACAUGUACCUCAGACUCGACGGUACCACAAAGACAGACCAAAGAGGGGUUUUACUGAAGCAAUUCAAUGAACCGGAGUCUCCCUACUUCAUGUUUCUUUUGAGCACACGUGCUGGUGGUCUUGGUUUGAACUUACAAACUGCAGACACUAUUAUUAUAUUUGACAGUGAUUGGAAUCCACAAAUGGACCAGCAGGCGGAGGAUCGUGCGCAUCGGAUAGGGCAGAAAAAGGAAGUGAGAGUGUUUGUUUUGGUUAGCAUUGGCUCUAUUGAAGAAGUAAUAUUGGAGCGUGCAAAGCAAAAGAUGGGCAUUGAUGCCAAAGUCAUACAAGCAGGACUCUUCAACACAACUUCUACUGCUCAAGACAGGAGGGAGAUGCUAGAAGAGAUCAUGAGCAAAGGAACAAGCUCACUAGGGGAAGAUGUGCCAAGUGAGAGAGAGAUUAACCGGCUCGCGGCUCGAACAGAGGAUGAGUUUUGGAUGUUUGAACAAAUGGACGAGGAAAGACGUAAAAAGGAAAACUACAAGACACGUCUCAUGGAAGAGAAGGAAGUUCCUGAGUGGGCUUACACUUCAGAGACUCAAGAAGACAAGAACGAUUCGAAAAACCAUUUUGGUAGCCUCACGGGUAAACGGAAACGAAAAGAAGCAGUGUACAGCGACUCUUUAAGCGAUUUGCAGUGGAUGAAAGCGAUGGAGAGUGAAGACGAAGAUGCUUCCAAAGUCUCUAAGAAACGAAAGAGAAGGGACACAAAGACACCAAUGAGUAAUGGGUCAAAGGCAGAGGCAGAGGCAGAGUCGAGUGGAAGCGAAGAGGAAAGAAAGGAGGAGAGUGGGAAAGAGAGUGAAGAAGAAAACGAGAAGAAGCCAUUAAAUAGUUGGAAAACUCAUAAGAAGAAACGGUCAAGAUACUCUCUUAUGACUUCUUCACCUAACUCUAGAGGUAAAAGUAGCUCCAACGGAAGCAAACGAAACUGAGAAUAAGGUUUCUCUACAAGU